AUGAUUGAUACGCCGCAUAAAAUAGAUUCAUUCUUUAUUUUUAACUCUAAUUUUGGACCCAAAGAAGGAGACGAACUUAAAAGGAUUCUGUUCUUCUAUCCAAACCAAAUUAAUACAGAUGUUCGUAAAACUCAAGUUGGACUCUGUGAAGCUAUCGUCCGGUUUAUGACAACAUUCUCUUCUGAACCAUGCGAGGCAUUGCAAACUCAAUCCAAGAGAUAUAUUUUCUUUCAACCUGAGAAGAACUUUUGGAUGGUUCUGGUCAUAAGAAUACCAUAUGCAACAAAAUUAUCUGGAGACAGCAAAGAUGUUGUGGAACCAUCAAUAAUGCAAGAUUUUAUGGUAUCUUCAUAUAAAACAUUCAGAAUGUUUGUCGGAUUAUUUAAAGAUAUUCCACCAGAAGACACUUAUGGUAUUUGUGAACAAUUCUUUAACCCAUAUAUUACCAGCAUAGAUGUUUCCAAUGAUUUAAGUAAUAUUAUUCAGGGUAUAAAUUACUUGCCAUUAGAGAAAAAUUCAUUCUUUAAAGUGAUUUGUUUUAUAGAUUUACUGCAAGUAAAUUAUCCUCAGUUUAAAUGUAUCUCUUUUGUCUACAAUGACCAGCUAAUAUGGAAUGGAUUAUGUAAAGAUGAUAUGCUCACACUAUAUCAAUAUUUAGUACAUAGCUUGCUACCUAAACAAGUAGAGAAAGAAAUUCAAGGAGGCGCAGUGACAGCAGCAGAACGUCAUGGACGGUUUAUAAGUCCUCCAGAAGGUAUACAUAGUGAUGAAGAUUUGAAGAAACUUAACAAAGUUUAUCUGCGACGGGAGGAUGAUAAUGAAACUAAACAGUAUUAUCUCGUAAUUUACCGAACUCUGAGUGCGACAGUAAGCUUCACAGUUGAUGUGGACACACAUGUUGAUUUUGCGACAUUUAGAGCCCUCGAUACCUUCAUUGGGCCUCAACUAUCCACAAUAGCCUCUUCUAUAGGUGAACAAUGUACAAUACAUGCACUACAGAACGCACAGAUAGCGUCACCAGACCACAAAUUCUUGUACUUCAACAAACUUAAUCUGGCUUUUAAAACAUCUACACCCUCGAAUUGCAUGACGCCAUCGGCUGCAGUGAAACCAGAAGUUUUGAACAUAAUUGCUGAAAUACAUCAAGACCACAAAAGCCUUGGAAAAUAUGGCGAAAUCAUAAUUAAAACACCAGAUGAAUACUGGAUAACUGGUAAAUCUUCGAAUGAUAGAGAAUUUUAUGUCGUAAUGCAGAAAAACGCCAACUUGAAAGAGAUAGCGGAUGAAGUCAAAAGGAUAUGUGAGAUGCAAAUGAAGGGAAUAUUCUUUUAUCCUAUGUAA